ACCUGAUUUCGCGUAACUCAUUCACCUAACCGAACCGGACUAUAUAAGAUUUCGGCUACCAAAGGAUCAACACGCACUUGCUUUCGUACAUUGUUAGCGAAUCGACCAAGGUUCUCUUUCAGACUCACAAUGUUCUCGAAGAUCGUAGUACUCGCUUGCAUUCUUGCCAUGAGCAACGCCGGUAUCUUGGCACCAACUGGACAAUAUACUCUGACCCCUGCAGCUUUAACGUCGACAUCGGACAAUAUCCUUCGCAGCUCGGGAAAUCUCGCACAAAUUGCGACCCAAUCGAAGACUGUUGCCACCCCAUUCUCCAGCACUAGCAGAUCCGACAUUCGCGUAACCAACCCGGCCAUCUAUGCUCACACUGCUCCAGUGGCAUACGCCGCAGCCCACGCACCUUUGGCAGCACCCUUGGCAGCACCCGUGAGCCCACUCCUUGGCGUCGCUUAUUCUCCAGCGGUGGCUGUUUCGCACAUGGCCUACAGCAGCCCCAUCGGUGUCUCUUACUCCUGGUAAUCGUUUCUCCUUCUGAGUUUCUUGGACCGUUGCUCUGACAAUCAUCUGGAAUAACUUUCAUCGCACUAUGUUUGUACUAAACGUUUCUUUUACUUUCUAUUUAUUAAAUACGACAUGUAUUGAAACAUAA